AUGGCCGGUGCCGGAAAAAUCCCAGAAGAGGCCGUCACCGUGGUGAUGGUUGCUUUUCCGGCGCAGGGGCAUCUGAACAUGCUCCUCCACCUCGCCCGCUUAAUCGCAUCUUAUAACAUUCCGGUUCACUACGUGUGCACUCCACCGCACAUUCGGCAGGCAAAGCUUCGUGUCCAUGGCUGGAAUCCCGAUUCCAUUUCCAACAUUCAUUUUCACGGAUUCCCCGUCCCUCAUUAUGAAGCGCCUCCUCCUGAUCCAAAUUCUGCCCAAAAAGUACCCGUGCAUCAGAUUCCAGCCAUUCUUUCGUCGGUUCACCUCCGGGAUCCAGUUUUUCAACUCAUGAAAACAUUGUCCAGUAGCUCGACAAAGAGAUUAGUAGUCAUUCAUGAUGCCUUGAUGACGUACGUCAUCGGAGACAUUGGUUUGGUUCCAAACGCCGAAUCCUACGCCUUUUCGGUAUCCUCUGCUCUAUGUAGUUACUCCGCGCUGUGGGAACUUGCAGGGAAACCCGAAGGAGUGCCUGAAUUCCAACUCCUGCAGGUCCUGCCAAGGCUUAACUACCCACAAGAAUUGCAAGAAUUUGUGCGGUUACUUCUUGGUACCAAAAUAACCAGCUCCGGAACCCUCAUCAAUUCCUGCACCGCGAUAGACGGUCCGUUUCUCGAUCACCGUACUAAGUUCAAGAGUUUCGGCUCGGACAAAGUUUGGGCAGUUGGUCCAUUGCAUCCUCUUCAUCAUGUAAUGGUAAACGAUGAAGAGGAUCAAGGGCAGCAGCGACAUUACUGUCUUGACUGGCUGGAUAAGCAAGCUCCCCAUUCAGUUAUAUUCGUGACAUUUGGUUCCUCCACUACGCUUUCAGAUGAAGAGAUCAAAGAGAUGGCAAUCGGUUUGGAGAAAAGCAAGCAAAAGUUUUUAUGGGUGCUUAGGGAUGCGGAUAAAGGUGAUAUAUCUAACCACGAAGGUGGUGAUGAUCAGGUUAAAGAAGUGCUCAGAGUUGGACUGCCGGUCCUGCCGGAAUUUUUGUCAUCAGAUCCUCAUGCUGAAAAGAUUCAGGUGACAUCAAAAGAUAUUGAAAAUACGGUGAGAAAGCUGAUGGAUUCUGCGGAGGGACACCAGAUGAGGCAAAGGGCUCAAGAAGUGAGCAUAGCAGUGAAAGCAUCUACAAUGGAUAAUGGAACUCCAUUUGGGGUGGAUUCUUUUGUCGCUCAUAUUCGCAGAUAA